AAUACUAUUUUUUUUUGUAUCUUUUUAGUUUGUCAUAUAAUAAAACAAGGUCGAUGUACAUUAGUAACAACAUUACAAAUGUUUAAAAUCUUAGCUUUAAACGCAUUAAUUUUGGCUUACACCCAAUCAGUAUUGUAUUUGGAUGGAAUUAAAUUAACGGAUAUGCAAGCGACUUUGCAAGGUUUACUUUUAGCGACGUGUUUCUUAUUUAUAUCAAGAUCGAAACCGCUAAAAACGUUAUCGACGCAACGACCACUUCCAAACAUUUUUAAUUCUUACACGAUCUUAACAGUUUUAUUACAAUUCGCCGUUCACUUCAUCUGUUUAAUUUUUUUGGUACAACAAGCCAAAUUAAGAUUACCAAUGGAUGAAAGUGAUGAAAGCGAUGAAAAUGUAACAAGUACGGUUAAAUUGAGUACAGAUGAAGGUGAAGAAGAACCCUUUGUACCAAAUAUAGUGAAUAGUACGGUUUAUAUUAUUUCUAUGGCUUUGCAAAUAGCUACUUUUGCGAUUAAUUACAGGGGUCAUCCCUUUAUGGAAGGGCUUACACAAAAUAAAGCUUUACUUUACAGUAUGGUCGGUUCAGCUGGAACUGUAUUAGCUUUAACUUUAGGUUUACUUCCUGAUUUAGCGGCACAAUUUGAAAUAAUAGACUUUGAAGAAGACUUUCGAAUGAUUUUACUUCAAAUAUUAUUCGCCGACUUUUUCUGUUCUUUAUUAGUGGACAGAUUAUGUUUGUGGAUAUUUGGAGAAGGAAAUCUUCCGCGUGCUUUAGUAAAAUCGUAAAUAAAUAAAAAAGAUCUCUUAAAUGUGCGUGGAUUUGUGUGUACAUAAUUUAUUUGUACAAGUGGUGAUUGUAUUUAUUUGGGAGAUGUUUGUAAAAAAGAAGAAAAAAACGUAUUAAUCUACAUCUUAAAGAAAAAUACCA